AAAUCUCUCUCUCUACUCUCUCUCUUCUGAACUUCAUUUUUCUGAUCCGUCUCGUCAUAUCUCGGUAACUCAAAUCCUUCUACAUUUAUUAUUAACCUCUCUCUCUCUCUUUCUCUCUCCGUCUCUUUCAAGUUUCACUUCGCCGGCGACUGAAGAAACCGCUCCGGUGUAACUCCGAUAACAGAUCUCUGGAUCUGGCCGUUGGUCGCGCGGCAAGAUCUCUCUCUCUAUCUCUAUCUUAGCGGACCAUUGGCGAACAUCGACGCCAUUUCUCAAUCAGACUCUUCAUGUCUUCAACAGUGGCAUAAACUUGUGAAGGAUUGCCAACUGCUCUGGAGAUUUACUUUUGAGAUCGAUUCAGAUGAAUUUGUUAGAGUAGCAGCAACUCUCCUGCAAGAAGAAAAGAAAUGGCGAAAAUGAUCAAUAGAUCGCUUAUGUUGACGUACCUGUACCUAUUAGUUUAUAUUCUGCUUUCGUCUGGAGUUAUAUUGUAUAACAAGUGGGUUCUCUCGCCAAAGUACUUCAACUUUCCAUUUCCAAUAACGCUUACUAUGAUCCAUAUGGGAUUUUCCGGAAUAGUAGCAUUUUUUCUCAUUCGUGUUUUUAAGGUGGUCUCUCCAGUUAAAAUGACCUUUGAAAUAUAUGCAACAUGCGUGAUCCCCAUAAGUGCUUUUUUUGCUUCAAGUCUGUGGUUUGGUAACACUGCCUACUUGCAUAUUUCAGUGGCUUUCAUCCAGAUGCUGAAGGCUCUAAUGCCAGUGGCAACUUUUGUUAUGGCUGUUUUAUGUGGAACGGACAAAUUAAGGUGUGAUGUAUUCUUGAACAUGGUGCUGGUCAGUGUUGGAGUUGUCGUUUCCUCAUAUGGGGAGAUCAAUUUCAAUGUGGUUGGUACGGUUUACCAGGUUGCAGGCAUAUUUGCUGAAGCUCUUAGGCUUGUUUUGACUCAAGUCCUACUCCAGAAAAAAGGGCUGUCUUUAAACCCCAUUACAAGCUUGUAUUACAUAGCACCAUGCAGUUUUCUCUUCCUAGCUAUACCAUGGUACUUCUUAGAGAAGCCCGGAAUGGAAGUCACGCAGAUUCAAUUCAACUUCUGGAUCUUCUUCUCGAAUGCUAUAUGUGCUUUAGCAUUGAACUUCUCCAUUUUCUUAGUAAUUGGAAGAACUGGAGCAGUCACAAUUCGAGUUGCGGGUGUACUAAAAGAUUGGAUACUCAUAGCUCUUUCAACUGUCAUAUUUCCUGAAUCGACUAUUACUGCGCUGAAUAUUACUGGCUAUGCAAUUGCAUUAUGUGGAGUUGUGUUGUAUAACUACCUGAAGGUGAAGGAUGUCCGAGCUUCGUCUCAACUUCCACUAGAAAAUAUUCCUGAAAGAAUUUCAAAGGAUUGGAAGUCAGACAAAAGGUCAUCAGACAUAUACAGACCAGAUAUGAUCGACGAUAAUAAAGGGGUUAGAGAUAUUGAUUUGAUAGGUGAUGAAGAAACGCCUUUAAUUUCUUCGUCGAGACUUUCGUUUAUGGGACGAACACAGUUGAGCAGUCAUGAUGCUUGAAAUAGUUUACGAAUAGUAAUAGUAGUGUUAUUUGUAUUGCUGAUAUCAAAUAUAUCUUGGUAGUAUUCUUUUGCAUAGAGGUAAUACAAAGUUUGUAUUGGUGGUUUUAAAGACAUCCCUUAUUUUUCUGCAGUCAAAACAGCCUAAGAAUUGUACCAAUUAUCCAAGUCAUGGUGGUGUUUUCA